GCAUCUUGCUUAAUCGGCCCCCUCCCAGCUAGCUGUUGUGUUUGUGAGUGGUUGGCCCUCUUACCCACUAAGAAACAACCCCCCCAACUUCUCAACUCACCAUCCUUGUACGGGGUCCAAUAGUGAGCAGAUACCCAUCUAUUCACUCAGCACUCUCACAACAGCUUGCAAAACACCAGCAGCCAGCAAGACAAAAUGCACUAUACAGACCAGUACGCCUCCCUCUCCUCCAACAGCCCCGACUGCGCCAGCGACGGCGAGCCGGAGCAGUAUCCCCUGACACCGGACGGCCUCCAACCUCGCCCGCCCGUCCGCAAGCCCAGGAGUCGGUACACGUACGCCGUGCUCGCCGUGCUUGCGCAACUUGUCUACACGAUCCUCGUCCUCGUCGCCGCGCGGGAGGUUUACUACAAGGGCGUGUGUCCGGUCGUCGCCGCGCCCGAUCGGUAUCACGCUUGGGAUGUGCUGGAAUACAAGGAGGUUCCCGCCGACCACCAGGAGCCGGACGAGCACCACCCGUACCUGGGUGCUCCGCGACCGGAGCUGGACCAAAACUGGAAUGCGCUUUUGUCAACAUUCCGCAACCGCGUCCCAACCGCCGAGAUCCGCAGGCUAGGCAUUGAGGAGGGGUCCAUCUGGCUUGACGACGAUGUUGGUGAAUAUUAUGGGAGUGUGUGGGUUGGGCACAACCUGCACUGCGUUAAAUAUCUGUAUAAUGGCCUGCAUAGGGAUCAUUAUUACCACAACAUGACCGAGGCGGAGGAGAAGUCGCACAACAGUCAUUUGCACCACUGCCUCCACCGCCUCAUGGACGCGCUCAAAUGCCACCCAGACAUGUCCCCGCUAUCCCUGCACUGGGUGGUCAACGAGGUCGCGCCCAUUGUCAACUGGGACGGGGCGCGGCACACGUGCGCGAACUGGGACCGCGUCAUGGACUGGGCCAAGACAAACCAGAUUGUUCCGGCUGGAAAAGAUAGUCUCGGGCAGGUUGCUCCGCAUCCUCUUUACGCGACGUUGCUGGACGAGCACGGCCACGCGGACUUUUUGAACCAGGAUGCAAUCGUCGAGUGGGACAAGUUGUUUGCCAGGCCGGACUGGCAAGCGUGGGCCAAGGAGCAUGGGGUUCCGGAAGGGACUAUUCCCGGGAAAGAGAUGCUGAGGAAUACUCAUGUUGGGUAGAUGUGAUGGUGCUGUUUGUUUAUCACGACUGGUUAUUGUCAUGGAUUCGGUGUAUGUCGUUGCGUCCUUGGGCAAGCAUAUAUGUACGACAUGGUGGUGAUUGUUUAGAGAAACUGUACGGAUCAUCAGUUUCACAAUCUGACUACUCGACUAAUGUCAAAUCCCCCAC